GGAGACAGUGUCGAGGGAGGCAGCCAGAGGUAUGUCCACGGGAAGUUGAGAUCAGCAGCAGCAGUGGAUGAAACCAGGCCGUGCAACGAGCAACAGGAACCCCUAUUUACCUACCUACCUACCGCCUGAAUCGGCCCCUCCUCCGGUUGUUACCAGCCGCUGUCUGGUCGCAGCGGUCCGGCUCGAACAUCCCCGUUGCGCCGCGGCGGUUUCCAGCGGGCAUCUGGAGCCCCCCACCCACCACAGGGUGCGAUGCAACACAGGCUAGUGCUUCCACGGUGCCGUGCUACAGCUAACCGAGUUUUUUAAUUCCUCGAAGGUAAAAAGCAUGACAGACCGACUCACAUCUGGGGCCUUUGCUCGUGUAUUUUGUGCUAACUCUCGGCUGUUGGUAGCUGUUCACAUUUCUUCCGUGCACCUCUGAAGGAGGCUUCCCCGGGUCAGCGGACGUUUCUCUGUUGCUGCAGUUUAUUUUAUUUUUAUUUAUUUUUAUUUUUUAGGAAAUCAGUAGCGUGUUCGACAAGUGUCAACGUUUCGCGGCAAACAAAAAACAAACAACAAACAGCGGUUCAGACCAAGCAGAUUUAACUGCUGGCGUGUCUGACCUGCAGAGGACUGCGUUUUCUCCGUCACAUUGAGCUGGAAGGAGCACGGCGCCUGCCCGGAGGACCACCGGUUGAACAGAGCCGUUAUUCAAACCGUUAGAGCACGAGGAGCCGCGGUGUAUUGGAAGUGGUUGGGGAGAGAGGUGCGCGGGGCUCAGUGUAAACAAGUUAACGGUUCGCGUAUCGAGCGUCGGGGACCGUUUCACCGCCAUGGUGGUCUUCAACGGGCAGCUAAAGAUCAAGAUCUGCGAGGCUCUGAACCUCAAGCCGACUGCCUGGUCCCUGCGUCACGCCGUCGGCCCCAAGACUCAGACCUUCCUCCUGGACACGUACAUCGCCCUGAACGUGGACGACUCCCGCGUGGGCCAGACCUCCACCAAGCAGAAGACCAACAGCCCCGCGUGGAACGACGAGUUCACCACGGAGGUGCACGACGGCCGCAAGAUCGAGCUGUCCGUCUUCCACGACGCGCCCAUCGGCUACGACGACUUCGUGGCCAACUGCAUCAUCCAGUUCGAGGACAUCCUGCACAACAACAGCAAGCACUUCGAGGACUGGAUUGACCUGGAGCCAGAGGGGAAGGUGUAUGUCGUCAUUGACCUAUCAGGAUCUUCCAGUGAAGUUGCAGCGGACUCUACUGACAAUGAGGAGCGUGUGUUUCGGCAGCGGAUGCGUCCCAGGAAGCGUCAGGGCGCUGUCCGCCGGAGGGUCCACCAGGUCAACGGACACAAGUUCAUGGCCACCUACCUGAGACAGCCCACGUACUGCUCCCACUGCAGGGACUUCAUCUGGGGCGUCUUAGGAAAGCAGGGCUACCAGUGUCAAGUGUGUACCUGUGUGGUCCAUAAACGCUGCCAUGAGCUGAUCAUUACCAAGUGUGCAGGGAUGAAGAAGCAGGACGACACAGUGGGGGAGCCCGUCGGGUCCCAGAGGUUCAGCGUCAAUGUCCCGCACAAGUUCAGCAUCCACAACUUUAAAGUUCUCACUUUCUGCGACCACUGUGGGUCUCUGCUCUGGGGUCUGCUGCGACAGGGACUCCAGUGUAAAGUGUGUAAAGUGAACGUACACAGGCGCUGUGAGAGUAAUGUAGCUCCCAACUGUGGUGUGGAUGCCAGAGGAAUCGCUAAAGUCCUCUCUGACCUCGGAGUCACACCAGACAAGAUCUCAAACAGCGCCCAGAGACGGAAAAAGCUUCCUCAGGGUCAGGACCCCCAGCAGCAGUUAUCAGGGACGCCUCAGACAGAAGACGAUCGCUCAAAGUCGGCCCCCACGUCCCCAUGUGACCAAGAUGUGAAGGAGCUGGAGAAUAUCCGAAAGGCUCUGUCCUUCGACCACCGUGGAGAGGAGCACAAAACUCAUCCCCUGUCUUCACCCUCCUCUGUAGCUACGGUAACGGGGGACAGCCAUGGAGGACCAGACAGAGGAGGGGAUGGAGGCAGCGGUGAAGUGGAGGGAAAACAGAGCCGGGAGAACGGAGAGGUCAAAGGUCACACCACUUCAGAGGCUAAGAGGAUGAAUCUUCAUGACUUUGUGUUCAUCAAAGUUCUGGGAAAAGGAAGCUUUGGAAAGGUGAUGUUGGCAGAGCUUAAAGGCACCGACGAGGUCUACGCCGUGAAAGUGCUGAAGAAAGACGUGAUCCUGCAGGACGACGACGUGGACUGCACGAUGACUGAGAAACGGAUCCUGGCCCUGGCCAGAAAGCAUCCCUACCUGACACAGCUCUUCUGCUGCUUCCAGACUAAAGACCGGCUGUUCUUCGUGAUGGAGUACGUUAAUGGAGGCGACCUGAUGUUUCAGAUUCAGCGAUCGAGGAAGUUCGACGAGGCGCGAUCCCGAUUUUACGCCGCUGAGGUCACAUCUGCCCUGAUGUUCCUGCACCGGCACGGAGUCAUUUACAGGGACCUAAAGUUGGACAACAUAUUAUUGGAUGCGGAGGGUCACUGUAAGCUGGCAGACUUCGGGAUGUGCAAGGAGGGAAUCCUCAGCGGAGUCACCACCACCACCUUCUGUGGGACUCCAGAUUACAUCGCACCUGAGAUCCUUCAGGAGCUGGAUUACGGCCCAUCAGUGGACUGGUGGGCUCUGGGGGUGCUGAUGUACGAGAUGAUGGCAGGCCAGCCGCCUUUCGAAGCCGAUAACGAAGACGACCUGUUCGAGUCGAUCCUCCAUGAUGAUGUCCUCUACCCCGUCUGGCUCAGCAAAGAGGCUGUGUCCAUUCUCAAAGCGUUCAUGACUAAGAGUCCUAACAAGCGUCUGGGCUGCGUGGUGGCUCAGGGUUUGGAGGAGGCCAUUAAGCUCCAUCCAUUCUUCAGAGAGAUCGACUGGACGCUGCUGGAGCAGAGGAAGAUCAGACCACCGUUCAAACCACGCAUCAAAACCAAAAGGGACGUGAAUAACUUUGACCAGGACUUUACGCGUGAAGAACCCGUCCUGACGCUGGUGGAGGAGAACAUCAUCAAGCAGAUCAACCAAGAUGAGUUCAAAGGGUUCUCUUACUUUGGAGACGAGCCUGUGGCCUAGACGCACACACUGACACACACACACGCACGCACACACACACACAGUUAACCUCUUACGUACACACCCGCACAACACCUAAAAAAUCUUCAAGCAAAGACACAGUAUUUAAAGAAACAUGGCCUCUGGAAUGAGACCUGAACUUCUCCGGAUUCUGACCUCUCCAGGAAUUAUACUAGACCACCUGUAUCUCUCAUUAUGGUUUCUGUGCUCUUGUUGUUUGUCCAUUUGUGCAUAUCUCGUCAAAGCGUAUGCUCGAGCAGCAUGUAAGCGAAGCACCUUUACUGUAAGAAAUGCCCUGCUGCUCCUGUAGUUGGUCCGGAUGUGUUUCUGAUGUAAGCAACGCCGUGGCGUUCUGAAGCCAUUACACGGGCAAGAUCAGAGGCUGUUCGUAUCUGUGUGUGUGUGUGAGAAAGGUGAUGUGUGUACAUGAGUGCAUGCAUGCGUAGUUGCAUACCUCUAGAAAGAGUAAGACUGUCAUGUCUGUACAUGGUGUGUUGUAUCCUGUCUCUGUGUUUAAAGAAUGUUUUUUCUUCCCUAAACAUGUAUGUGAAUGGAAAAAAAAAAUCAUUGAUUGAUUGAUUGUAUUUAAAGAAAAAUAGAUCUUGAAAAGUUCUUCAGUCAUUAUGAAAAGAGAUGUCAGAGGAAGAUGCAAGAAAUCAGAGAUUAGAAUUUUUUGUCAGUACUUUAUUUUAAAUUUAAGUAAAAACUGGCAAAUUAAAUGUUAGAUGAACGUUAAGAAGAUGCUCCACAGAAGUGAAUUUUACUUCAGCUUUAUCUCAGCAGUUCUUUUCUUAUUGUAGAGAGAAGGUCGUGCUGUUUUUCCUUCGCUCUGCUUCUUUUAGCUUGUUUGAACGUCGAUGUUUUAUUUUCUUCAUGAAAAUGAAAUGGUACCAUUAGCCACCAGCUAACAAACCUACAGUAGCUCACCACUGGGAGUGUCCAUUGUUUUAGUGAGGUUUGCUUACAGUGUUAACAAGCUGUUUUUCAUACAGUGUGAUACUUGACAUUGAGACACUGGUGCAAUGAAGCCGAAUAAUGAGCUGAAACCUAAAAUGUCAAGAGAGCCCUUUAAAAAAAAAACAAAAAAAACGAUUUCUUUCAUUUCAAGAACUUGUUACUGAAACUCUCAGCGCAUCUUCCAGAGUAAUGUCUUUCUCUGUCCACUCCUUAAAUCCCAUCAUGUCCAUUUGAUCCUUGAAUUCUCUGUGUGUGUUUGUGUGUGUGCAGUAAUGGUGUACUGGACCUACAGCGUCUAACAUCCAUGGUUCCACAUCAGAGUCAUGGAUCAUACGCAGAGGAUGAAUGUGUUAGCCCAUGUGACUGAAUGUGUGAUAAGUGAAUGUAUUUGCGGUGUGUGUGUGUGCGCGUGUGUGUGUGUGUGUUGUCAUUGUGUUUUACUUUCUAUUUAAGGUUUUGUUUUUGUCAUUGUUGUGUUGUUUUUACUGGAUCAUCUGGUUCUUGCUGACGUGUUAGGAAUCUUUAGAUUUCAUGUUGAUGCAGUGAGACUGACCCGAUCACAAACUCUGACCAUCGUGCUUCGGUCCUCCUCCACCUGUGGACAACCUGGACAUGGAGGUAAAAUGAGCUUUAGAUAGACAGAAAGGCCUCAGAGGGAACUUCAGAGGUGUCUCUCCAUGUUUCAUGUUGCAGGUCAGAGUUAUGACUGGACAGUAAACUGAAUCCAAACAUCUUCAUGAGAAGCCCAUGUGCAAUACUCUGAGUUUUUUUUUCUAUCUUCAUCCUCUUUUCUUCCUUUGUUCUUCUUUUUCUUUUUCCUCUUUCUUUCUCUCUAGACUCUACAGACAUGUUCUGGUACAAAGUGGACAACAGUAUGUUUCAUUGUGGGGCCCAUAGAAGUGAGAAAAUUACACACACACACACACACACACACUCACAGUAAACAUUUCACCUGAGAGUUUUUCUGAGAAACACUCACAUACAGUUGGAUUAUUAAAGUUUUUAGCGAGGCGCUGUGAGGACACGCGUCAGAGCAUCAGUCUUGGAUAUGAAUGUUGAAUAUGAAGAGCAGGUUUGGUUCAUUCGUUUCUGUUUUGGAAUUUUUUUGUCGUUAUAUUUGUGACAAAACACAAAGAAUGAGUGCAGCACCUUCGUGUGUUACUCUUUGAUAUUAAUCAUUUCCCUGGAAAAAAAAAAUCAUGUGGUACUGAUUAUCAGAAAAAUUAAACCGUUCAGUUUUCACACUUUAUGUUAAUUCCAGUAAAUUAUUAGUUUGACUGGAAGAAUCUUUAAUUGAUGUGAAAAUGAUGUGAAAUAAUGAACAGAUUCUGGUUUUAAUGGAGCUUUCUCACCGUAAUUAGAACCAAAUCGCUUGGUUCUUUCUCCCCAGGAAAUUAUUAGGAACUUCCUGACCCAUAAAAUAAAGUUUUACCAAACAGGAAAAAAGUAUUCUCAUGAAGAGAAUUUUAAAAAAAGGAACAUAAAAUCUGCAGAACCUGACCUGCUCUUCCUUCUGAUCAGUUCUACUGAGCUUCACCGCUCGCUGGAACAAACCUGAACAAGCCUUCACUCCUGAGGCCUGAAGUCUGGGUGUUGAACUGCUGCAACAUCAUCUCAGACAUAUUGUACAGUACGUAAACACGAUCCUGAGUCAGGAUUGUCGAUGCUCACAUCUCAUUUCGUCCACAGACUCAAACCACACAGCACUUUCUUAAUUGAUGUGACAGGCAUUUCUUUCCUGGCUUUAGUUGCCUGACCGGAAACAAACAAACUGUGGCUGCCAUGCAGAGAUUACAGGAACAGCCAGAGUGUCAGUGACACGCUGAGUUACUGUCUGAAAAUAAUGUGUCGUAUAUUACGGCACAGAUUCUACAGCAGAAUGUACUAAACAGUUACACAUGAAUGUCAUUUGUAAGAGUUGAGGUUAAUUUUUAUUCUUUCCAAACAACAUGGACAUGUAGGACAGAGACAGGAGCGUCAACCAACGAACACGUCCACGGGACAUUUAUAAUGAGCUCUCUGUAAUCACUCAUGAGCCUAAUGAGCUGCCGUGUCACCUGCCAGGCAAACAGGCAGGACUGCACAUGUAGCAGUAAACACAGAGCUCGUGUUGUAGCAGCAGCAGUGGGAGUGGAAGGUGUGUUUCAUUCAGUAGCACUUAAUAAUCAUUAAGCACACACACAAAAAUAUUUAUGAAUUUAAAGAUUUACGACCAUUUAACCAACUUCCACAACAUGUUUAUGCUGCCCAUCAUUUCUCUUCUCUUCUCUUCUCUUCUUCUCUUCUCUUCUUCUCUUCUUCUCUUCUUCUCUUCUCUUCUCUCUUAAUGUGUCUCAUGUUGCGUCUUUGUUUAGUCUUAAUUUAAAUUCGUCAAGCUGUUUGUCCCACUAUGACCCAAAAAGGAUGUUCUCUCUCCCAGAUGUCCUCCAUGCUAAAUGCCAAAUGCUAUUUCCAAAUUUUCCACUGACAAUCCCUUUAGUUUAAUGUUUGUUACAGAGGAAAAAGAAAAUAUACUUCGUGUUGGAAGCUUGUUUUUUUGUUUUGUUUUGUUUUGUUUUGUUUUGUUUUGUUUUUUCCACACCAGUGAUGCGUGGAGCUGGAGUUGGAGACAGUAUUAUGGUUUUUCUUACAGUAUCAAACGUUCACCUUCCUUGGGUCACAUGCAGAAUGUUACUGUUUUUGUUUGUUUUUGUGUUUUUGUGCAGUCCCUGUGUUUGUGAAGCUGUUUGUACAUUUUGUCAUCUGACCUGUGGUUUUGUUCCUUUGUGAAUUCUUUCCAUGUCUUACAUGUGUGUUUCUGUUAGGAGUUUUCUUUCUUUUGCGCUGCGUGCCAAAUGUACUGUAUUCUGAAAGGAUGUGAAGGUGUAUUUUAAUUUUUGAAAUGAAUUAAAUAUCAUGAUGUCA